CCAGAGUCGCGGCGAGUGAGCGCAGAGCGAGUGCGGAGCCCAGCUGCGCGGGCACUGAGCGGCCCCUGGCCGGCGGGGACACUGGGGUCCAGCCAGGGGUGGGGUGGGGUGGGGGGCUGUCCGGGACCAACCAUGAAUGCUAAAAAAGGGAGCCCCAAGCGGACUCAGUCCACGAUGUCCCUGUCGGUGCGGCCACAGCGCCGCCUGCUCAGCGCCGGGGUCAGUAGAAGCCAGUCCUUCGCAGGCGUCCUCAGCAGUCACAAGCGGGGGCCCAGGAAUUUCCCAGCUUUCAGUCCCCCGGGACCUCCACGGAAACCCCCAGCGCAAUCCCGAGUGGCCAGGAUGUUUUCUGUGGCGCACCCAGCCCCCAAGGUCCCGCAGCCCGAGCGGCUGGACCUGGUGUACACUGCACUCAAGCAGGGCCUGACGGCCUAUUUGGAAGUACACCAGCAAGAACAAGAGAAACUCCAGGGGCAGAUAAGAGAAUCCAAGAGGAAUUCUCGCCUGGGCUUCUUGUAUGACUUGGACAAGCAAGUCAAGUCCAUCGAACGCUUCCUGCGACGGCUAGAGUUUCAUGCCAGUAAGAUUGAUGAGCUGUAUGAAGCAUACUGUGUCCAGCGACGUAUCCGGGAUGGCGCAUACAACAUGGUCCGUGCCUAUAGCACCGGGUCCCCAGGGAGCCGAGAGGCCCGAGACAGCCUGGCUGAGGCCACUAGGGGGCAUCGAGAGUACACUGAGAGCAUGUGUGUGCUAGAGAGUGAGCUGGAGGCACAGCUGGGCGAGUUCCAUCUCCGGAUGAAAGGGCUGGCUGGUUUUGCCAGGCUGUGUGUGGGUGAUCAGUAUGAGAUCUACAUGAAAUAUGGGCGUCAGCGUUGGAAACUUCGGGGCCGAAUUGAGAGUAGUGGCAAGCAGGUGUGGGACAGUGAGGAAACCGUCUUUCUACCUCUGCUCACGGAAUUCCUGUCCAUCAAGGUGACAGAGCUGAAGGGUUUGGCCAAUCAUGUGGUUGUAGGCAGCGUCUCCUGUGAGACCAAGGACUUGUUUGCUGCUCUGCCUCAGGUUGUGGCUGUGGACAUCAAUGACCUUGGCACCAUCAAGCUCAGCCUGGAAGUCACUUGGAGUCCCUUCGACAAAGAUGAUCAGCCCUCAGCUGCAUCUACUGUCAACAAGGCAGCCACAGUCACCAAGCGCUUCUCCACCUAUAGCCAGAGCCCACCAGAUACACCCUCACUUCGGGAACAGGCCUUCUAUAAUAUGCUGAGGCGGCAGGAGGAGCUGGAGAAUGGGACAGCAUGGUCCCUGUCAUCUGAAUCUUCAGAUGACUCAUCCAGCCCACAACUCUCAGGCACUGCUCGCCACUCCUCAACUCCCAAGCCUCUGGUGCAGCAACCUGAGCCCCUGCCUAUCCAGGUCGCCUUCCGUAGGCCUGAGACUACUCCCACCUCUAGGCUCUUGGAUGAGGAGAGAGCUGUGGCUCCAGCUCUGGUCAAUGGGCAUGCCCCCUAUGGCCGGACCUUAAGCCACAUCAGUGAGGCCAGUGUGGAUGCUGCUUUGGCUGAGUACCCAGUGGAGGCUGUGAACCUGGAAAGCCCAGCCCGGGAACCCAGUCUGCUUGCACAUCCGGAUCCCAGCCCUGAGGAGCACCCUUGUUCUGUCCCUCCUGUCCUGGACCCUGGCUAUCCUGCCAUAAGCCCCGCUGUCAAUAAGACAGGUCCUGCCCACACAUCUACAGACUCUGUCCCUUCAGCACACGUAGACUCAGUUCAUAAAGAGGCUGACUCUAGCUCUUCUGAGCUGCCAGGCCCCACCUGUAUCACUAUAAACUCCACCUCUAGUGCCACAAGUCUUACCCACAGUGCUCCGAGCCUCACUCACACUAGCACAACUUCUUCCCACAAGUCCACAGUCUUUCCUGUUACUGCUGCAGGCCAUACCCUCAGUACUACAGGGCCAGUCCAGACCACUACAAGUUCCACCCACAAGCCAAUACUCUCUCCCCUCCCUACUGCUGGUCCUACCCACACUACUAUAGGUCUAGCCCGGACCACCACAAGUCCCAACCACACUGACACAAAUACUGUCACAAGCCCCAGCCAUAAGUCUAUGAUCUCUACUCUUAGUAUUACAGGUUCUGCCCCCAGUGGCACAGGCCCAGCCCAGCCCACUGCAAAACCCAUCCUCACUACCACAAGCCCCACCCACACUGCUGCAAGCCCCACUCCCCAAGCCUGGAUAUCAGCUAACACCACUACAAGUCCUAUCCCCAUUGCUAAGGGUCCAGUGGAGACCACUGGGAGCCCCACCACCCCUGUCACAAGCCCCACCCAUACAACUGUAAGUCCUUCCACUUCUAUAGACCGUGCCACUCUCUCCAGUCCCUCUGCACAGACAAGCCCCACCUUUGCAGGCACUGAUUCCCUGGGUCCCCUGUCCAGUAGCCACCCAGCCUCCAUUGCCUCCACUCGGGGGGAUCCUGUAGCCCCAAGCACCUCCUGCCCAAGUCCUGUCUGCCCCACUCAGGAACCCCUCAUAAGCCCUGUCCCAGAUGCCCUAGAACCCACUCAUCAGAGUGCAAGCUGCUUUCCCUCACCCCAAGCCCCAGUGUCGCAGCAUUCAGACUCAAGCCUGGCCACAACUGCUCAGGCCCCAGCUCCGGGGGCAGCUGGAGUGAUGGGGGACAAGAGACUGGAGGAGGCACUAGGGGCGCUAAUGGCUGCCCUAGAUGACUAUCGAGGCCAGUUUCCUGAGUUGCAGGGCCUGGAGCAGGAGGUGACCCGACUGGAGAGUCUCCUCAUGCAGAGACAAGGCUUGACUCGCAGCCGGGCCUCUAGUCUAAGCAUCACUGUGGAGCAUGCCCUGGAGAGCUUCAGCUUCCUUCAUGAUGAUGAAGAAGAUGACAGUGGUGGUUCUGGGGACAGGCCCCCAAACAGCCUGGAGCCUGGGACUGAGGACACCCUGGACUCACCCAGUGCCCGCUCCCUCAGCACGGAGUGCCCAGCUCUGGACGCUGCAUUGGUCCAGCACCUGAACCACUGCAGCCGCCUCCUGCUGAAACUUGGCACAUUUGGUCCUCUGCGCUGCCAGGAGGCAUGGGCUCUGGAGAGGCUGCUUCGAGAGGCUCGAGUGCUCGAGGCAGUGUGCCAGCUUAGCAGGCAAUGGGAAACCCCUGCCACCUCCGCCCAGGAAGUGGUGCAGUUUUCAGCUUCUCGACCCGGUUUCCUGACCUUCUGGGACCAGUGCACAGAGGGACUCAGCCCCUUCAUCUGCCCUGUGGAUCGAGUGCUCCUCACCUUCUGCAAUCAGUAUGGUGCACGCCUUUCCUUGCGCCAGCCAGGCUUAGCUGAGGCUGUGUGUAUCAAGUUCUUGGAGGAUGCCCUGGGACAGAAGCUGCCCAGGAGGAGACCACAGUCAGGCCCUGGAGAGCAGCUCACUGUCUUCCAGUUCUGGAGUUAUGUUGAAGCCUUGGAUAGCCCCUCUAUGGAGGCCUAUGUGACCGAGACUGCGGAGGAGGUGUUACUGGUGCGCAAUCUGAACUCUGAUGAUCAGGCUGUUGUGCUGAAGGCCCUGAGGUUGGCGCCUGAGGGACGGCUGCAAAGGGAUGGGCUUCGAGCCCUCAGCUCCCUGCUUGUUCACGGAAACAACAAAGUCAUGGCUGCUGUCAGCACCCAGCUCCGGAGCCUGUCACUGGGCCCUGCCUUCCGGGAAAGGGCCCUGCUGUGUUUCCUGGACCAGCUCGAGGAUGAGGAUGUGCAGACUAGAGUGGCUGGCUGUUUGGCCCUGGGAUGCAUCAAGGCUCCUGAAGGCAUUGAACCCCUGGUGUACUUGUGCCAAACAGACACCGAAGCUGUGAGAGAAGCAGCCCGGCAGAGCCUGCAACAAUGUGGUGAAGAGGGACAGUCUGCCCAUCGACGGCUGGAGGAGUCACUGGAUGCCCUACCCCGUAUCUUUGGGCCAGGCAGCAUGGCCAGCACAGCAUUCUAAACUCCCUCCACAGGGUCCCUCCAACCCCUUUUCAGGGCUCACUAGACACUGGCAGGGAGGCUGAGGGCUGGCUCCAUACACCUCUCCCCCACAGAUUCCUAUCAAUGAAAAUCUAAUAUAUUAUUCUGUUGCCCCUGGGGUUGGUAGAGUCAGUGCCUGCAGUCAAGUGCCUCCCAGCCUCAGCUCAGCACACUUGCCACAAAUCAGUGUCUAGGCCUGGUCAUCUGCCUCUGCCCUGCCACGUCCCUUUGUUUGUAUUUUAUUUACAGAGUUUUACAUAAAAUUAAAAACAAAAAAGCCUU